AUGCCCACCUCUUUCCGCGUACAGCCCCCGCCGCCCUCGCACGUCGGCGACCUCGUCCCAGCCGACACCCCUCACGCCGUCUCAGUCGCACUCCCGACCUGGCAGGACAACGUCGACUACGAGGAGGGCGAGCAGCGCGUAAAGGAUGCCAUGACUUCGGGCUACCCGCGCUUCUUCAUCCACCACAGGAUCCAGGCCCUCGCCGACCUCGCGUGCGCCAAGUUCGGCCAGCCAGACGAACUGUGCAUCCUCCUCCCUACCGAAUCCACCGCUCGCGGCUGCUCGUCCUUCCUCUCCUCGCGCUCUCCUCCCGUCCAUUCCCGCAUUACCUCCUGGCCUAUCCAUGCCGUCUCCUCCUUCUCACCAACCGACUCGACCCCCUCUGCUUCCGCCGCGACAAGAACGAUUACCGUCUGGGCCUGCUUCCUCCCCUCGUCCGACUUUCCCGCCGCAAAACAGUACUGGCAGCACACGGGCGAAGGGAUCUCGUCCCGCGUCGCUGAGCGUUGCUUGAUCCUCCUUGGCGAGAUCGAGGCCGACGCCAACGGAGCGACUGGAGGAGCGGGAGCAUCGCCUACUCAGGCGACGCCGAGUCAGGCUGGACCAGGUCAGGAGGGCGCGACUAGGUUUUUCGUCAACGGAGGUGGGAACGGGCCAGUCAAUGGAGGACGGUACGCCUCGUCGAAGAGUCGGUACCAGGUUGCGAAAGGCAGCGCGACGACACCGCCUGUCGCAGCGGGUAUCGAAGUCGCCCGACCGACUGUCUCGUCCAAGCUGCGGUACUCGACUAGCAAGGCCCGCGCUACGAAUGGAGGAGACAGUGGCGAGGCGACUCCCUCCUCGUCCGAGGCCGACUCGCUCGCCAACUCGAUCGAGCAGCUCUCGAUGCCUUCCGCCUCUUCUUCGCGCCGGCCUUCACAAGACGCUGCCUCUUCUCCUCUCCCAACUCCCGCGACGCCCCUUCUCGCCACAACGAACGGCACCUCGCUCGUCGAGCAAGACGAAGACGUUCUCGCGCGCUACGUGGAAGAACGCUACGGGCGGAACCUGGACCUCUCACUCGCGCCGCUCGCAAAACUCGCGAUGAGGCGUCGGAUUGCCGGAGUCUUGCGCGAAGGACCGGGCGAGGCGAUUCCGGUGCAGGACAUGACCGGCGCAAAGAGAGAGGAGAGUACCCGUGGUGUUACGGGUCUGACGGAGGACGAUGUGUGGUUGUAUUCGUGUGGUAUGAAUGCGAUCUUCCAUGCGCACCAGGUCGCCAUGGAGGCGUGGAAGAGGGAGGGGAGGGAGGUCGGCAAGAGUGUCUGCUUCGGCUUCCCGUACACCGACACGCUCAAGAUCCUCGAAAAGUGGGGACCAGGCUGCCACUUCUUCGGACGCGGCCUGACCUCCGACCUCCCCUCUCUCCGUCAAACCCUUCAACAAUCCUCCCCGCCCAUCCUCGCCCUCUUCUGCGAGUUCCCCUCGAACCCACUCUUGCGCUCGCCGCCGCUCCACGAACUACGCAAACUCGCAGACGAGUUUGGGUUCCUCAUCGUCGUUGAUGAGACGAUCGCCGGGUUCGUCAAUGUCGAGGUGUUGCCGUUGGCGGAUAUUGUCGUGAGCAGCUUGACGAAGGUGUUCAGCGGCGACAGCAACGUCAUGGGUGGCAGCCUCGUCCUGAACCCGAAGGCGCCUCAUUACGCCGCUCUCAAAGCCGCACAAGAAGCGACUUACGAAGACGCCUACUUCGACGAAGACGCGAUCUACAUGGAGCGCAACUCGCGUGACUUCCAGGCUCGCGUCGCGCAGGAGAACUCGAACGCCGAGAUGCUUUGCAAUUAUCUGCGGUCGCGGCGAGUUCCCGGGCCGGCGGCGACGGGCGUUAUCGACGAGCCCAAGCAGGAGGAGUUGGCGAACGGCGCGGAGACGAGCGAGUUCGUCGUGACGGAGGUGUACUACCCCAAGUACAUGACGCCGGAACACUACCUCGCCUCGCUGCGGCCUCCCAACCCCUCCCUCGGCCCCAAAUCAUCCGGCUUCGGCGCCCUCUUCUCCCUCACCUUCUCCUCCAUCCUCGCCUCCCGCACCUUUUUCGACGCCCUGCCGUGCUACAAGGGCCCCUCGCUCGGGACAAACUUCACCCUCGCGUGUCCCUACACGAUCCUCGCGCAUUACACGGAGCUUGAGUGGGCCAAGGAGUGGGGCGUCGAGAAGGGCUUGGUGCGCAUCUCGACGGGGUUGGAGGAGCCGGAGAUGUUGAGGCAGUGGUUCGAGGAGGCGCUGGAGAAGGCAGAGAGGGCGGUCAGGCAGGCAAAGGAGCGAGGGGAGACGGUGGUGUGA